GAACCGCUGUGGUUUAAGGUGUACACGAGAGGAGUAUGGUUGGGGAAAGGAUAUUGAUCUGUUAAAGGAGAGUAGUAUUCACGCGCAUGACAGAUACUUUCUGUCCCCAGCUUGUACCGGCAGAGGCAGGUGGUGGUGGUGAUGGUGGUGAUGGUUGUAAUGGUAGUGGGGAACACCUCUUCACCAUCCAAAGUCUGAUAAGGUUGAUAGGCGAGAGGAGAAUAAGAUCUUUAGGGAGAGGAUCGUGUCACUUGUUUAGCCAAAGAGGAAUUAUCUGUCGUAUAAGAGACGGGAUCGUUGCCCAUUGAGGACAAUAAAUAAUGUCAGAUUACGAGGACAGUGAUUUUUGCGGAGAGGAGGAAGUCAUACCCAAUUGGGAAAUUACAAGGGAGUGGCUUGAAGGAAUUUUUGCUGAAUAUUAUAUGCACAAGGUUGAUAUAGGUGAAUUAACAACCCUAUCGGUACGGAAACCUGAUGCAACUCUAUUGAACGAAAAUGUUCUCUGUGAUAUUACUUACGCCAAAUUUGAGUUAAUUAGUCCAACUGGUGUAUCCGAAAUGAAAAUCUUCAUCAAACGAUUACCAGCGGAUCUCUUUAAUCGUUUUUUCGUAACGGAGGGUCAAUACGAUUUACGUGAAAUCAAAUUUUACACCGAGAUAGUACCGGAUCUUAAACUAUUACCACCACAGGGAAGAAGAGUUAGACGAAUAGAAGGACAAACAACUCCUGAUGAUCCAUUAAAAUUACUAACGUGUUAUUACGCGCAUUACAGUCCACCAGAAAGAAACGAUGAUAGUCCUAAACAGACAGACGCCGACAGUUUGAUACCACCUGAGUCUGUAUUAGUAUUAUCCGAUUUGGAUUUAAAAAGUGUAUCAUUCGCCGAAGGAUUAUCAUUUGCUCAAGCUAAAGCUGCAUUAGAUUCGAUAGCCGGGAUACAUGGAUUAUCUCUUUGCAUGAAAAUAAGGGACGAUGAACCUUUGCCAGAUCGUUAUCCAUUCUUAUUUCAAAAGACCAAAGCAACUGAUUCUUAUCAACAAAUGGUAGAACGUGGAUUUUCACAAUUAGCUAACUAUUUAGGAUGUUUGACAGGUCUCGAACCAGUUCUUGAAGCUUUGAUGGCACUUAGACCAAAAACCAAAGACAUCAUCAUGAAUCUUCUUGCACCAGAAAGUCCAUUAGCAACGAUUACGCAUAUGGAUUUCUGGUGUAAGAAUGUUAAAUUUUCUUAUACACCGAAUAUCAAGUGUUACAUUCUUGAUUGGCAAAUGGUCGCUUAUAGCAGACCAACGAAUGAUGUUGCAUUAUUAUUAGUUAGUUCCCUGCCAAGCGAAUUACGUCGUAAAUAUACUGAAUCUCUUUUGGAUGCUUAUUGGAAUUCUUUAAACGAAUGGUGCUUCAUUUACGGCCUUGAUAUAACCAAAGAACUGGGAUACACGAGAGAAGAUCUCUCUAAGGAUUACAGAAAGUCUCAAUUAUUAGCAUUGUUAUUAUGUAUUGGCUCGAUAGACAUAGCUUUGGAAUAUCCGCAAACGAAGCAACGUUUAAUUGACGUUUUACAAGAUUUACACGACGAUGGCAUAUUAACCGAAGAAAUUGCAAUAACGAGGACGGAAUCAGAAGCUUAAAAAGCGUUCCUAAAAAAACGAGCUAUACCGAAAAAAAAAAAAA